UCACCGGCCGUCUUCUCUGCCCAGCGCCAACAUCUUCAGUGUGACAGCUUGCAGCUUCACAGCCAGGUGCCCACUGCGCAUGCGCCAGAAGCGCUGCGCUUUGUCUGCAGUUUCUUGUCAUCUCCUGUACUAUGUUUGCAGUCUCUGGUCAUUUCCUGUAGUAUGUCUGCAGUCUCUGGUGAUCCCCUGUAGUAUGUCCGCAGUCUCUCGUCAUCUACUGUACUAUGUCUGCAGUCUCUGGUCAUCUCCUGUAGUAUGUCUACUGUCUCUGGUCAUCUCCUGUACUAUGUCUGCAGUCUCUGGACAUUUCCUGCACUAUGUCUGCAGUCCAUUGGUUCAGAAUAUUUUUUUCUUGUUUUCCUUCUCUAAAACCUAGACAUUGUCUGCAGUCCCUGGUCAUCUCCUGUACUGUGUCAGCAGUCUCUGGUCAUCUCCUGUACUGUGUCUGCAGUCUCUGGUCAUCUCCUUUACUGUGUGUGCAGUCUCUGGUU